CAGCCCCUGUCUACUCCGGGGUGGUGCUUAGUCGGCGCCAGACCGACCCUCGACUCCGUAGGGGUAGUGCAGUUCCGCUGGGUGCUUCCUCCUCGGCUUCUUCGGCUUCUUCGGCUUCUUCACCCUCCUCGGCCUCCUUACCCUCGGCGGGUACCAGAGACCCUGGUGUAUGCCCCACCCCUGACCCCACCAGAGAUAUGUCCACCCCGGCUCGGCGGCGCCUCAUGCGGGACUUCAAGAGGUUGCAGGAGGAUCCUCCAGCCGGAGUCAGCGGGGCCCCGUCCGAGAACAACAUAAUGGUUUGGAACGCGGUCAUUUUCGGGCCCGAAGGGACCCCGUUUGAGGAUGGAACAUUUAAGCUUACAAUAGAAUUCACUGAAGAAUAUCCGAAUAAACCACCUACUGUUAGAUUUGUCUCUAAGAUGUUUCAUCCAAAUGUCUAUGCAGAUGGUAGUAUAUGUCUGGAUAUACUUCAGAACCGCUGGAGUCCAACCUAUGAUGUGUCUUCCAUUUUAACAUCCAUUCAGUCUCUAUUGGAUGAACCUAAUCCCAACAGUCCAGCAAAUAGCCAGGCUGCUCAGCUGUAUCAAGAGAACAAGCGGGAAUAUGAGAAGCGUGUUUCUGCAAUAGUAGAACAGAGCUGGCGCGACUGUUGACCCGGGUGCAGCAAAAGAAGUGCUGGUCAUAAGAAAAUUAUAUAUGAUGUGUUCAUCACCUUCCUGUUCCUCAGUGUGGUUACAUUUACUUUAUUAAAUGCAAAAUAGCUGUUGUACUGUUUCCAUCUUCCCUUGCCAAGUUUUUCCUACCCUUCUACCCUCUCCUUGAACAUCAGAAAACAUCCUGUAUGAAUUCAAAUGUACUGUACCUGGGUUACUUGCAAAAUUUACUAAUGUUUAAUUCCUUUUCUGUGGUAUUUCAUAUCCAGUCUUAGGGCAGUAUUGUUACUGUAUUUUACACUAAGCUUUUAAAAUGAAUCGUUAUACAAGUGGUGCUUAUGCUUAUCUUGAUGACCAGAAUGUUAUUUUUAACAAAAAGAUUGCUGAAGUGUUUCAUCCUGGCUGGUCCUUCACUUGUGUUGAAUUUCAAAGUAAAUGUGUGUGGCAUAGAGCCCACAGAGAAUAGUGAAGCAAAUCCAUAUAAACAUCCAUUGUGAAAGAGCAAUGGAGGGUAAAACUCUUAUGGUACUAGGAUAUAGCCAAUAUGAGUUAUAAGAUAGCGUUUAUUAGUAGGAAGGACUCAGCCACAGGAGUGCAGCAAUUGUGGAAACAGACGCAUCCUCUCCUUGUGAGAUACUGACUGGUUGUACCCAUGCUAAGUUUCAGAAUACUGAAGUGUUUUUUUUUGGUGGUGGGGGGGGUUGCUAUUUAAAGAGGUGUGGGAGCAGAGGAAACAAAAUCACUCGAUUUUAAGCUAGGGAAAGUUGGAGAGUCUUUCAUCUUUUUAAAAGAGCAGUGCUGCCCUAGAAAAAUAAGCUUACAGUCCCCCAUCUUUUUUUCUGAGUUUUAAUUCAUCCAAGGAAGGGAGUAAUCUGUGGCAAAUUAUUUUCCACUCAAAUCCUGAGUUCACACUGCAUGCUUUCGUUUCUUCCCUUUCAGCAUUAUGAAGACCUUAAAGUCAAUGUCUGCAAUCUUUCUUUGGGUAUUUAUACUUUUAGAUAUACAGUACCUUUAAGUAGCAGUGUGGGAUAAGGCUUGUAAAUGUUUUGUUCUAAUGUUCUAUUGUUAUAUUUUGUGCAUUUCUCACUCCUAAGUCUAACUUUGCACAAGUAACCCAUGUAAAAAAAUGUACAUUUUUCAAAACUUGUAAAUAAAAAUAAUCUUAAAAUUU